AUGUACUUGAGAUGCUCAGGAGGCGUGGCUGGAGAGGAGGCAGAGGGGGAUCUCGCAAACAUCUCGGGACCUCCAUCAGAUCAAGAGACCGAUGAAAACGCCACAUCAACAUCCGAGGCUGGGAUGACUUCCGAUAGCCGAAAAGGCUUCAAAGCCGCACACCAAAGCCAUGAUUUCGGCGAAGACAAGCUUGAAGUCCUCCGAAGCGGAAAUGAAAGCCACGUUGAAGACGAAGAAACAAAUUCCUUCAUGGCUUCAGAACGGCCUACAGAUGGGUCUGCAAGUUCGAAAAAGUCCGCAAGAUCUCUGAUUUCACACGAAACGGGGAAGCAGCAACAAGAACAAGAAGAUUGCGGAAUUUCUUUGUCUCACGGACAUGUUGUGGCCAUGGCCAGGAGUUCGACAGGCACUGGAUCCUCGAUGGAUACAGCGGACAGAGAGAUCGCAUCGAAAGUUGAGAGGAUCAAGCAAAGGCUACGUGAAAUUCCAAUGGCUCAAAAAGAGCCGGCUGACUCCAUCCUCCUUGCUACUGCGGAAGAACCUUUGGGCGCUGGUGCGAGUUCAAGCAGCCUGGCUAUCUCCGCAACCCCUCAGAGACUCUUCAAGCUGCGCAAGAACUUCGACGUAUCUCGCAAUCGUGAAGGGUCGAAUUGGUUCCGCAGCCCGCGUGGUUCCAAGACCCUUCCUCGAAACUUUGUAACCCCCGAAGGCCUCCAGAGUUUAGCAUCAUCUUCCACUGCAAACAUGGAAUCAUCGGAAGACUGCCCUCACGCGAUGCACUACACCAGCUUCGGUGAUCGUGCUUCGGUGUCGCGGUCAGCGUCCUUGCGAAUGAGGAAUUCUAGACUACCUCCAGCCUACAUCCAACCAGCUGAGCUAGAUCCUAUCAAAGCGGAUGACAGGGUCCCAGACUCGAGAAGGCUGGGGGAUCAUUCUGCUGGAGACCCUCAGGAUUCAGCAUCACCAAUCGAUUUGGCGGAAACAGCUUCUUCCACUCCGGAACGCGACUCCGUGAUUUACGCUAGAACACUACCAGAGACUGUGAUCUUCGAUGAGUGGUGA